GCAUUUAAAUAGCAUGUUAAUCAGUAUGCAACAAUAAACGUUUGGAGAUGAGUACUGCAUACUGCACAGUAUACACCAGAAAUCGACAGUACAUGCAUACUACAGACAGGAGGAGUAUGCUGGGGUUCUAUUGAACAGCGUGUGUGGUUCAUGUGAUGAAAACACGGAAAGCGGAAGCGAAUCUGUUUCGAGCUCUCGGGGUGAAUCUACAGACGUCAUGCAGAGUACUUCAAACUACCUGUGGCUGAUGUCAGACCUGCUGGGUCAGGGAGCCACGGCAAAUGUGUACCGCGGUAGACACAAGAAAACGGGUGACCUUUUUGCUGUCAAAGUUUUCAACAAUCUGAGUUUUCUGCGUCCGCUGGACGUCCAGAUGAGGGAGUUUGAGGUUUUAAAGAAGUUAAACCACAAAAACAUUGUGAAGCUCUUCGCUGUGGAGGAGGAGUCAAACACUCGUCAUAAGGUGUUGGUGAUGGAGUAUUGUCCCUGUGGUAGUUUAUACACCGUGCUGGAGGAGCCCACAAACGCUUACGGCCUCCCAGAGGACGAGUUCCUCAUCGUUCUGCAGGACGUUGUGGCAGGAAUGAAUCAUCUCCGUGAGUACGGAAUCGUCCAUCGCGACAUCAAGCCGGGAAACAUCAUGCGUAUGAUUGGAGAGGACGGACGCUCGGUCUAUAAACUGACUGACUUCGGAGCCGCGCGUGAGCUUGAUGACGACGAGCAGUUCGUGUCGCUCUACGGCACUGAGGAAUAUCUGCAUCCAGACAUGUAUGAGCGAGCCGUGUUGAGAAAAGAUCAUCAGAAGAAAUAUGGAGCUACGGUGGAUUUGUGGAGCAUCGGUGUGACGUUCUUCCACGCCGCCACAGGCAGUCUGCCGUUCAGACCGUUUGAAGGACCUCGCAGAAAUAAAGAAGUCAUGUAUAAGAUCAUCACAGAGAAACCUUCAGGUGCCAUCUCAGGACAUCAGAAGUUUGAGAACGGAAAGAUCGAGUGGAGCACAGAGAUGCCUGUGUCCUGUAGUCUGUCAAAAGGUCUUCAGAGUCUCCUCACGCCUGUGCUGGCAAACAUUCUCGAAGCCGAUCAGGAGAAGUGUUGGGGUUUUGAUCAGUUCUUUGCUGAAACCAGUGACAUUUUACACCGUGUGGUGAUUUAUGCGUUCAGUCUGCAGCAAGCCACUCUUCACCACAUCUACAUCCACACGUACAACACAGCAAAUCUGUUUCAGGAACUUCUCUUCAGACGGACCAACAUAACUCCAUCACAUCAGGAUUUCCUCUAUGAGGGCCAGCGUCUCGUUCUCGACCCAAACCGGCAAGCACAGACCUUCCCCAAAACCAGCAGAGACAAUCCCAUCAUGCUCCUGAGCAGAGACCCGGUGAACACCGUUGGACUGGUGUUUGAAGAUCCCUGUCCACCUAAAGUUCAGCCCCGGUAUGAUCUGGAUUUGGAUGCCAGCUAUGCAAAGACGUUUGCAGGUGAUGUGGGAUAUCUGUGGAAGACAUCAGUCUCUUUGCUCCUCUAUCAGGAGCUGGUGAGAAAAGGCGUCAGAGGAUUGAUUGAGCUGAUCAGAGACGAGUACAAUGAGACAACACACAAGAAAUGUGAACUGAUCCACAUGUGUAAUAACUGCAGUCAAACGCUGGAAAAAGCAGAGCAGCUGUGUGAGGCGCUGAUGCAGGGGAACGUGGUCUCAGCAGAAUAUGAUGAAAUCAGAGACAUGAGGAAGAAGGUGAUGAGGCUAUCCAGCUCUUUAGGUCCAAUGGAGCAAACGGUUCAGGACAUCAGCAAUAUGUUUCUGUCGGGAGGAACAUUGACAGACACUUGGACACAGCAAGUUGGAACUCAUCCAGAGGACAGAAAUGUGGAGAGGAUCAAAGUUCUGCUGGAUGCCAUCAGCAGCAUCUACCAGCAAUUCAAGAAAGACAAAGCAGAGAGACGUUUGCCUUACAAUGAAGAACAGAUUCACAAGUUUGACAAACAGAAGCUGGUUCUUCACGCCACUAAAGCCAGAGCGCUCUUCACAGAUGAAUGUGCCAUGAAAUAUCGGCUUUUCAUAUCUAAGAGUGAAGAAUGGAUGAAGAAGGUUCAUCAUGUGAGGAAACAUCUUCUAACUCUGACGACUCAGUUCAGCGGUAUGGAACAGGAAGUGAAUCUGCUCAUGCAGCGUGUGUAUAAGCAGUUGGAUCAGUUACCUCAGAAGAUGGGACCCAUGACGUCUGGUGGAAUGAAGCCGCAGGCGUAUCUUAGUCCCAGCACACUUGUGGAGAUGACGCUCGGGAUGAAGAAACUUAAAGAGGAGAUGGAAGGAGUGGUGAAAGAGUUGGCAGAGAAUAAUCUGUUCCUGGAGAGGUUCGGUACACUGACGGUUGAUGGAGGUAUCAGGAAUGUGGAUCGGAUGUGACCGCUCUCAUCUGACUGUAGCUUUUUCAUCACAUCUGUUAGUUCUCUGUACAUAUGAAUAGAAUGUAAAUACACAAGGGACACUCACUUUCUCUAUUACAUCAUGAAUAUUUUUCAUUUGUCUUGCUUUUAUUUUCAUUUAUGUUACGUUAUAUAACUUCAGACGUAUGAUCAUCAGAGAGUUUCUCUUGUGUUCAUGAAGUUUUGGUGAAUGAUGGCUUCACGUACUGAACACCAAUGCUGUUAUUCCAUCAAUGGUUUGAAUUAUAAAUCGAUGUUAAGAUAUCUGGUUAUUGUAUCUGUAAACGUGCAUUAAAGAGCAGUGCUCACAGCAUUUUGUUGUUUUACAUGGACUUCUCUACCCAUAAUGCUUUGAUUUUAUUCACACAAAGGGCUCCACCAGCAAAGAAUCCACCACAAACAGAGGAAAAUGUGUGUGUGUUUGAAUUAAUUAUAUUUGAGAAGACAAAAAUUUGCAGAGAAAUAAAAUCUCCUGAAAAUCC